UUCAGGUUGUACAUAUGUGUCACCAUUUCAGGUAUUUCUAAACAUAUGGUAAGUCAUUUGAUUUAUUGUUACAGCGAUUUCCCUUCCAUGUUAAAUAAGUUCCCCUGCCUUUUUUUUAGUUGAAUACACGUCGCACAACGGGUAUAACCAUGGAUGAGUUGAUGGAAACAACAUCGGAUGAUCCGCUAGCAAUGUUGCAUCCAUCGGGGAAGUAUGUUGUGCCAAUAAUGCACUGGAAAGCACGCCAAAAAAAGCCUGAAGUUGCUAAACUGGAACCUGAGAUACGGGAAAUACCGCCGGAGUUAAAGUGCCCAAUAUGUUCACAACUUUUGCGUGAUGCCGUCUUAACAACUUGUUGCGGUGAUAGCUUCUGUGCGGAUUGCUUACAGCAACGUUUACUUGAAACACCGAACGCAAAAUGUCCUGGAACAAAUUGCUUCCAAACUGCUGUAUCUGCCGAUAAACUGGUGCCGAAUUUAAAGAUGCGACAAGCUGCUGAAGCAUUCAAACAUGGCGCAGUUCAUAAUGUAGCAUUUGAGAGCACAAAUAAUUCACCACGUGUUGACGAUCAGCCGGUUCAGUCGGUUUCACGCGUGCGUAUUGGCUUGAGUGGUCGUCCGCAGCAAGUUCAACCUGCAAUUGUAAUUCAUCAACCGCAACAACAACAACAGCAGCAACAGCAACAACAGCAACAACAACAACAACAACAACAACAACAAGAGGCAGCGGCUACUCCUCCGCCACAAUCACAGAUCCAAACUUCACCACCAACAUACAUCAUUCAACCCAGUACGAAUGUCGCAAUUCCUGCCACUCUGCAAUCUCAAAUGGCCAUAAAACAAUUUCCUGGGAAUGUCGUCAUGCCAGCCCCUGGAAUAGCACCAGCACCAAGUCAAUCAAAACUUAUUGCGCCUACUGUUGUAGUUCCAAAUGUACAACAAUUAUCCGUCGCUCCACCACCUCUUCCUUUGCCGGUAAAUGUUCAUCAACCACCUCCCGGUUACCCAACCAUACUUCCACCAACUCAGCCAAUACAUGUUACUACUAGUUCAUCAACAGAAUCUAUUGCAUCAGGAACACAUACUGCCAGAAGUAUAAGUGCCGCGCAUUUAACUGCAUCUCCGCUUUUGCUUCCACCAGGUGUGCAGCCACCACCACCAGGACUGUCAGCAGUUAUCUUCCCACGUGUUCCAGCCCCACCACCUAUCAAGGAUGCUUGGGAUGAAUAUCUGGAACGAAAAGAUAAAGAAAGCCGCCAAAGAGCCGCUGCACCGUCUUCACGUCGACGCCGCCGCUCUACACGUAGUACCUCAUAUUCAAGCAGUAGCACAUCUUCCGAAUCAUCAAGUGAAUUGUCACGAUCUCGAUCGAGAUCAUCCUCUCGGGAUCGGAAUCGAUCACAUCGCGAUAAAAGACGUAACGAUGGUCGUGAAAAGCAUUCUUCCAGAAGGAGAGACUCGCGAUCACCGUUUCGUAGUUCAUAUGCGAGCACACGUUACCAUCGCGAUAAUCUACCGUCAUCUUUUAAUCUUUAUCAGCAUACAUCAGGUUCUGCGGCUAUCGGCUUGCCAGGGGCAUCUCUUAUUCAUCAUCGUAUUCCAUCUCUUCUAAACAACUACUCAUCACAGUAUACAUUAAAUCAAACAAGCCAGACGGCGAGUUAUAAUUCUUUCAAUAAUGGGCCAGUCCCGAGUUAUCGGUCAUCGAGAACAUAUUUGGAAGAACGAAGUAGAAGACAUUCACCGAGAUCACUACAAAAUCGACGAAGAAAUGAGAGUAGAGAACGAGAAAACGACCGAAAGGAGCGAACUGAGGAACGUAGACGAGGAAGGGAUGGUGAUGAAAGGAUACGUCGAGAAGAUCGUGAACGGAGAGCAAAGGAGGAUAGUGACAGAGGAGAAAGACGACAAAAAAAGGAUAAAUACAAGCGACGCCAAGAAAAAGAAUCGAAAGAGGUAGAAAAUGCAACGGAGGGAAGACAAGGAAGUACAUUCAAAGUGCAAGAGGAGAAAGAUGUCGAUGCCGUUGACCUAAAAGUAAUAGUUGUAGAUGAGGAACCUAAAAAGGAAACUACUCCACAGAUCGAAAAUAAAGGAACUGAAAAUGACGUUGGUGAUGUUGAAAAUAAUGUGGAAAAAGAAAAUGGUACAGUAGAUGAAGCUUUGCCGGAUGGAACAGCAGCCGAAAGUGUUGUAUUGGGUUUCCGAACUAAUCAUGAUGAUGGUUCCGGAGCAGAAGCUGAAAAUGAAAAUGAAGGAUUGGAUGAUGAAAAAGAAACUGGCAAUAUUAUUGCCGAAGUGAUAGCAGAAGAAAAGGAUAGAAGUGAAAAGAAAAAACACAGAAAGAAAAAGAGGAAACAUCGAAGACAUGAAGAAGAUGGACCGGAAGAUGAUGAAACUGGACGUAAGAAGCAUAAAAAGCAUAAGCGUAGUAAAGAAGAAAAAGAACAGCGAAAGCAAGAAAAGGAAAACGACGUGAAGAGCGUCGAAGGCGACGACUAG